AACAAUUAUAAGAGUGAUUGGGGUUGAGAAAGAUGUCUUUGAUUAUGAAGGUUUUAGUUUUGAAUAUUCUAGGGAUUCUCCUGCUAGAUGUCCUUUCACCUAGCCAAGCAAAAACUCAUCGUCAUACGUUUAUCGUGGAAGAAACUCCAUACACGAAGCUGUGCAGUAGCAAGAACAUAUUGACUGUGAAUGGAUCUUUCCCUGGCCCAACUCUAUACAUGAAUAAAGGGGAUAUGCUCAUUGUAGAUGUUUACAAUAAAGGAACUCAAAAUAUUACUAUUCACUGGCAUGGAAUAAAACAACCAAGGUAUCCUUGGUCAGAUGGACCAGAAUAUAUUACACAAUGUCCUAUCGCACCAGGUGCAAAUUUUAGUCAAAGAAUUAAUCUAUCAGAUGAGGAAGGUACGGUGUGGUGGCAUGCUCAUAGCGAUUGGUCGCGAGCCACGGUGCAUGGUGCUGUGAUUAUUUAUCCCGACAAUGGAACUGAAUAUCCAUUUCCCCAACCUGAUGCUGAAAUUCCAAUCAUAUUAGGGGAAUGGUGGAAGAGUGAUAUACAAGCUGUUCUUGAUGAGUUUCUUGCAAGUGGGGGAGGCCCAAAUAACUCAGAUGCCUACCUUAUCAAUGGUCAACCUGGUGAUCUUUAUCCAUGCCCAGUUAAUGAUACAUAUAAGCUGACGGUGGAGUAUGGUAAGACUUAUCUACUGAGAAUGGUAAACGCAGUAAUGAACAACAUCCUCUUCUUCUCCAUCGCAAACCACCAAAUCACAGUGGUGGGAACCGACGGCGCAUACACAAAGCCCUUAACGAGUGACUAUAUUGCCAUAUCUCCCGGCCAAACCAUAGAUUUCUUACUCCAUGCCAAUCAAACCCCUAACCACUACUAUAUGGCUGCCAAGGCCUACAACUCUGCCCCAAGAGUAGAUUUCAACCCCAACACCACCACCGCCGUCCUUCAAUACGCCGGAAAUUACACCCCCACUUCUCCCUUGCCCUUCCCCGCCCUCCCCGCCUUUAACGACACUAACGCCUCCGUUAACUUCACCGGACGCCUCCGUAGCUUGGCGGAUACAAACCACCCAAUAGAUGUCCCUUUGAACAUAUCAACGAACUUACUCUUCACCAUAUCAAUCAACACAUUACCGUGCAACAACACCAACUCAACUUGCGCUGGACCUAACGGAACCCGUUUGGCGGCUAGCAUGAAUAACAAUAGCUUCGUUCUCCCCCAAAUCGACAUUCUUGAAGCUUACUACUACCAGAUUAAUGGCGUCUAUGAUGACAACUUCCCUAGCUUCCCGCCUCUUGUUUUUAACUUCACGGCGAGUAAUCUCUCAACGGCUUUGCAGACGGCGAACCGGACAACGGAAGUGAGGGUGCUUGAGUAUAACGAGACGGUGGAGCUUGUUUUUCAGGGGACAAAUCUUGUGGCCGGAAUUGACCAUCCUAUUCAUCUGCAUGGAUAUAGCUUUUACGUUGUUGGAUGGGGUUUCGGUAAUUUCGACAAGGAUAAGGAUCCUUUGAAUUAUAACCUUGUGGACCCUCCACUUCAGAAUACAAUUGCAGUUCCUAAGAAUGCUUGGACAGCCAUCCGAUUCAAAGCCAAUAAUCCUGGUGUAUGGUUUAUGCAUUGUCACUUAGAGCGGCACACAAGUUGGGGAAUGGAAAUGGCAUUUAUAGUCAAAGAUGGAAAUGGCACAAAUGAGAAGUUGAUGCCUCCACCUCCGGAUAUGCCUAAAUGUUAAGAUUAAAUUAGUUUGAUUAUUAUUUAAUUAUCAAAAAUUAAGUAAAUAUUUUAUCGGACCAUUUAUGUUUUAUGAACCAUGAUACUGUUCUUAAUAAGAUUGAUAUAGAUAAAUAAGAUGGAUUUUAGUUUCAAUUGUACUGUUUCCUAUCCAGAUGCACUACUAUGCUUUUUCUAUUU